CAUGACGCAGCGUGUACCACUUGGUUUGUAUCCGAUGAUAGUCGCGCGGAGGUUUUGAUGAUUAAUGUCACGGUCAAUUGUGCUGUCCUGUGUCUGCUUCUCAACGAGUACUAUACGCCAGUGCAAGAGAUGCACGUGGAUUGUUGAGGAAUACGUCGCACGCGUCCGAUCAACGACGACGACGACGACAACAACAACAACGACGACGACGACGGCAACAAACGUACUUGACGCGAUCUAUUAAAAUGGUAGAGCCUAUCUUCGACUAUCAGUUUCGACUGAUACUGAUCGGCGACAGUACAGUAGGGAAGAGCUCUCUCCUCAAGUACUUCACCGAUGGCAAAUUCGCAGAGCUUUCAGAUCCAACUGUUGGUGUAGAUUUUUUUGCAAGAUUAAUAGAAGUUAAAGAUGGGACAAGAAUAAAAUUACAAUUGUGGGAUACAGCUGGUCAAGAGAGAUUUAGGUCAAUUACAAAAUCCUACUACAGAAACUCUGUUGGAGCACUUCUUGUUUACGAUGUUUGCAACAGAGCAAGUUUUGAACAUAUUCCUCAAUGGAUGAUGGAAGCCCGCAGACAUAUUGAGCCACAUCGUCCGGUAUUUGCUUUAGUAGGCUGUAAGUUGGAUUUAGUAACUAAUGGUGGUAGACGAGAAGUAUCAAAGGAAGAAGCUAGAGCAUUUGCUGAUGAGCAUGGUAUACAUCAUAUUGAGACCAGUGCAAAAACUGGUGUAAACGUUGAAGAAGCAUUUCGAACGGUUACACAAGAAGUUUAUAACAGGAUACAAACAGGCGAAUACAAAGUAGAGGAUGGUUGGGAUGGCAUCAAAACUGGCUUUGCCAGACCUGGUGGUUUAGAUUUUAAUCUAGUCGAAGCAGAACCAGCAAAGACUUCGUGUUGUUAAGUUAUUGUUUUAAUCCACUAAAAAAAAAACUAAAGAUUUAAGAAUGCAGAUAGAAUAGUUAUUUUAGAGAAAAAUAAUUGCGUAUGUUUUAAUAAGACGACAUAAAAAAUGUAUGUUUAUACUCAUUUAUGCAUUGUAGCAUCCUGGCUAUAAAGUUAUUUAUCACUUUAAUAUAAAUCAUUCUAUUUAGUGUUUGUGUAACUAUUUUAUCAGUGUCUAACAGUUACAUAUAUUGUAGAUACAUUUUUUUAUCGAGGUGAUGAAUAACUUUCUACUGCAUUCUUGUUUUAGGGAAAAGGCUUACAAUUAUUAUUGAAAAUUAUGUAUACGUCUAUGAACUAGACAUUUUUGUAUAUAGCUUGUAUAAAUAUCAGAUGACUAACAAAGUUCAUAUAGUUUUUCAGAAUAUAAUCGAAUAUACUGAGUCUAAUUAAGUGUAAAAGAGUAAACAAAAAUGUAUUUUCUUGAUAAAUAAGUACUAUUAAAAGCAAUGAUUUUAAUUUAUGAAUUGAUAAAUGUUAUAUUUGUAGAAUUUUCAAUUUCCAUUUUUGUAUUAGCGAUAUAAAUAGCUAAACGAUUCUUAGUUUAAGACAUAGAAUUUAAAACAGAUGUUCAUUUUUAGAACUUGAAGGAAAAAUGUUCAUAUUCAAUAUAUACUCUGGUUACAAAGUUACUAAUUGCAUAUGCAAUCGUUUAAUUAUUAAUAUGAAAAACAUAGCAAUUGAAUUAAAACUAUUUGUAAAAAAUAGAACCAAUUUUUUUUUAUCAAAUACUACGAAUCCGCAUAUGAUGAAUAAAAUUGUGUUAGCCGCUCCUACCCCAAUGAACAAAAUAUUAGUAGUAUACUGACAGAUUAGUAGCAAUUCAAUUAAUAGUAAUUCAAUCAGAAUCCCAUAACAAAACAAUCUGUAUCUGUAUUAGAUUCGUGUUCGAUAGGGUCUGCUAACAUGAUUUGACGACAGUUUAGCGACGGAAACCGAAGAGAUUUUGCCACCAAAUUGUAUGCAGCAGGCUCUGCUCGGUUUUUGUCGCCAAUCUACAGUCAAUCUGAUAGCAUAGCAUAUCAGCAAACUCUUUCAGAUUUGACAGUUUGACAACAUCAUUAGAUAAAAUAGAUUCUAUAAAAUUUGUAACCUUUCUAGGAUCAGAAAUUUAUAACAAACUCUGCUCAGCAGAUGUUGCUAUAUCUACAUGCACAGAUUGGCUAUCUGGGGCCCUAUGCAAAUAUACAAAUUUUUAUCUCUUUUGAAUGGUAUGCAUAUUCUGUCCAAUGUUUGAAAAGAACUAUUGUGCCAAGUUUAUAUUCUAAAGUUAAGUAUGCUGGAAUGACAGCAAUUGGGAUAGCUAUUUCUUUAUCUAGUAAUAACUGUGAAUGUCUCACAUGUAUGUGUAUUGCCCGAAAUGUUAGUGGACUUGAGAUGGUAAUUCAAAAAAUAUAGACAUCGCCUAAUCGUAUUCGAUAAAGUCAGAAAUUACCCAUAAUUUUGGGCUUUACUUAGAAACAUUUUUAUGAUUUGCUUAACGACACACACAAAGAAAAUCUUGAGAUUAUAUAUAAUUUCUGACUUAACCGAAAUAAACAACUGUAUUUUCUAAGCGAUAUUAGAUUUAUCAACACAUUGCGUGGACUCUGAUGAUAACGCAUUUACAAAAUUUUUACCAGUGCGUUAACUUUAUAGAUUGCGAAUUUUGUUCGUCAUCUGAUACAUUAACAAUAUAACAUUGCAACAUAUGAGGGUUGAAUUAGGAUUGUUUUUGUAUGAAAUAUUGUAUAAAACACUUCAUAUAUCUCUCCAUAAAGAAUUUUCACAAUCGGGCUUUGAUGUAUUUUGUUGAACGAACCCACGAUGUUAUUAAAUGAAAGAUAACGGCUGUGGUGAAUGCUUUGUUGAAUUCACUUUCUUUGUAUAAUAAAAAUUUAUUUCUACAGUA